CGCUCCCGCCCCCGCCCGGGGCCGUGAUCGACCGACCUUCUCCUCCGUCGUCUCCUCUCCAGAAGUAGAAAGAAACUGACAGUGACGGUCCGACACACGUCGCUGCUUAAGCGCCAUAUCCUGCGAACUUCCCAACGGUCAGCUUCUUCUUCAACUCCCCCGUUUCCCUUCUCGAGUCCCUUCCAUCUCCAUCUUCUCCGCUGAAGAAGAAAAUGCUCUCUUUUUCUUUCCCAAUCCAUUUCUUCCAUCCACGCUAUGGCUUCUGAAGCUCCCAAAACCCUAGACUCCACCCGCCUAUUCACUGCCGCCCUCGGUCCCUCCUCCCCGGGACCCCCAUUUCCUCUUCCUCCUAUUCCUUCCGAUAUCCCUCUCUCGAAGCUCAUCCCUAAGACCCGUUUUCUCGUCGAUGCAUUCCGCCACGUGGGUGAUCACUCUAUCUCUUACUUCCUCUCCCACUUUCACUCCGACCACUACACUGGCCUCGCCCCAAAUUGGUGUAAAGGCAUAAUAUUUUGCUCCCGUAUUACUUCCCGCCUCCUCGUGGAAGUCCUGAAAGUACCCGAUUGCUUUGUCGUGUCUUUACCGCUCAGUGAGACUGUUUUGAUUGACGGGUGUGAGGUCACAUUGAUCGAUGCCAACCACUGCCCUGGAGCAGUACAAUUUCUGUUCAAGAUUCCUAUUGGCGAUGGCAAGCUGGAGAGGUAUGUUCACACGGGGGACUUUCGUUUCUGCGAUUCUAUGAGAGGGGAGCCUUUCCUCAAAGAGUUCGUGGGCUGUGAUGCAAUUUUCUUGGACACUACUUAUUGUAAUCCCAAAUUUGUCUUCCCUCCGCAAGAGGAAUCUAUUGAUUAUAUUGUUAGUGCUAUUGAAAAGGUUGGAAGUGAAUGCCGGGGCUCUGCAGAGAAGGUUCUGUUUCUUAUAGCUACCUAUGUCAUUGGAAAAGAGAGGAUUUUGCUGGAAGUCGCACGGAGACGUUCCUGUAAGGUAUAUGUCGACGGUCGAAAGAUGAUGGUUUUAAGUGUUUUGGGGUAUGGAAACAGUGGCUUAUUCACAGAAGAUGAGUGCGAAAGUUGUGUUCAUGUGGUCGGGUGGAAUAUCUUAGGUGAGACAUGGCCAUAUUUUCGACCCAAUUUCGUCAAGAUGAGGGAGAUUUUGAUGGAAAAGGGAUAUGAUAAAGUCGUGGGUUUUGUGCCCACUGGGUGGACAUAUGAAGUGAAACGAGAUAAAUUUGCGGUCAGGACCAAGGAUCCGUUUGAGAUUCAUCUUGUACCAUAUAGUGAGCAUUCGAACUACGAUGAGCUUAGGGAGUUUGUCAGAUUUUUAAAACCGAAGCAUGUCUUUCCUACAGUGGGCUUAGAUGUUGAGAAGCUUGACAGCAAGCAUCUCCAAAAAUUGCAGAAGCAUUUUGCUGGAUUGGUGAAUGAGACAGCAAACAAGAGGGAUUUUUUAAUGAAUUUCGGUCGGGUGUCUUCUGAACAUGAUGAAGUGUGUCAAGCAGAUUUGAAACUGGAGACAGAUGCACAAACUUCUGCUGAAGAUGCCUGUGAAAAUUCUUCUGUAGCAUCUGUAUUUGAUGGCUCAUCUGUCCAGGAAGAACAAGGUUUGCCAAAUCUUCUGCUUCAGAGUGAGGCAAGGGAGGAGGUUUUGCAGGAACUCCGUGCUUGUCUGCCCGCUUGGGCCACGAGGGAUCAAAUGUUAGACCUAAUUAGCACUUCGGGAAGUGAUAUAAUUGAAGCAGCUUCUAACUUCUAUGAACGCGAAACUGAUUUUUACCGCCAAGUUUCUGCUUCCUUGACUACCUCAUCUGAUGCCUCUGUGUCAGUUUCAACACCGAGUUCUGCCAAGAGUAACCCUGCGAGAAAUAUGAAUUUCCUUUCAAGUAGAGCAGAGAAGGCGACUAAAACCAUUCAAGUGAAAAAAAGUCCCAGCUUGGGUAAGAAGAAGAGUGUCAAUGAAAAUCCAAAAAGGAAGCGUAAGAUUGAUGCAAAACUGGAGCCUUUGGGUAGUGGGAGUGGGUCUAGACAAUCUAGAAUAACAAGCUUUUUCACUAAAAAGUCGCCUGCUGCUCCCCUGGGUUGUGUGGUUGGGACUGAGUCUCUCCAAAGCAUUAGGGAAGAAGACUCGUCUUCCAAUCCAGUUGACGAGAAAAUAGAUAAGUUUCUUCAAAUAAUAAAUGGCAAUGAAUCAUCAAGAAACUAUGCUGCGAGCAUCUUGGAGAAGGCAAAAGGAGACAUUAACAAAGCAUUAGAUUUAUAUUAUGCUAAUCCUGUGAAUUCUCCCAGUCACGAUAAAGGGGUUUUGGAAAUACAUGACUCUGCAAUUCAAACUCUCUCUACUGUUGAUGAUAGUUCUAGCUCCAAGAUAGUCAAAACUCUGCCAGAAAAUUCAGUAAAUAUUCCUGCUGUUCCUAUCGAGGAGGCAGCAGCAGAACAUGAGAAGAAUUGCAUAUCAUUACCACCGGAAAAGUACGACCCGGUACUGCAUGCCUGUUGGAGAAGUGGACAGCCUGCUCCUUACAUCCAUCUAGCACGGACCUUUGAACUGGUUGAGCGGGAGAAGGGCAAGAUAAAGGCUACAUCUAUGCUUUGCAACAUGUUCAGAAGUUUGUUGGCCCUAUCACUGGAAGACGUGUUGCCCGUUGUAUAUCUCUGUACAAAUAAGAUUGCCUCUGACCAUGAAAAUAUGGAACUAAAUAUUGGUGGGAGCUUGGUUACAACAGCUUUGGAAGAGGCUUGUGGGGUGAAACGGUCUAAAAUAAGGGAUAUGUACAACAAAUUAGGUGAUCUUGGUGAUGUUGCCCAAGAAUGCCGUCAAACGCAAACAUUACUUGCCUCUCCUUCACCACUUCUGAUUAAAGAUGUGUUCUCUGAGUUGAAAAGGAUAAGUCUUCAAACAGGUGGCGGAAGAACCAUUCGGAAAAGGGGCAUUAUUGUGAAGCUCAUGCGCUCUUGUAGAGAGAUGGAGAUGAAAUUUCUUGUCAGAACUCUGGUGAGGAAUCUCCGCAUUGGAGCAAUGAUGAGGACUAUUCUGCCUGCAUUAGCUCAAGCUGUCGUAAUGAAUUCAACCUCCAAUUUUCAUUGCAAAGACACAACAGAAAGGUUGCAGAAGAUGCAGAGCCUUUCUGCUGCAGUUAUUGAAGCGUAUAAUAUCCUUCCAAGCUUGGAUGUGAUUGUACCUUCUCUAAUGAAGGAAGGCGUUGAAUUUUCUUCAUCGACCCUAUCAAUGACUCCUGGAAUACCUAUAAAGCCGAUGCUUGCGAAAAUUACUAAUGGAAUUCCAUCAGUGGUCAAACUCUUCCAGAACAGGGCUUUCACAUGCGAAUAUAAAUACGAUGGUCAGCGUGCCCAAAUUCACAAGUCACUUGAUGGAUCUAUUCGCAUAUUUUCUCGAAAUGGGGAUGAGACAACCUCUAGAUUUCCCGAUGUUGUUGCCAUUAUCAAUGAGUCUUGUAAAGCAUCUGCCAUGACGUUUGUAUUGGAUGCUGAGAUAGUGGCGGUUGACCGGAACAGGAGCAAACUCAUGUCCUUUCAAGAACUAUCAUCCAGAGAAAGAGGCAGUAGAGAUUCGUCAAUCCCUGUAGAUAGCAUAAAGGUUGAAAUUUGCGUAUUUGUUUUCGACAUCAUGUUUGCCAAUGGCGAGCAGUUGCUGAGCUUUCCUCUCCGCGAAAGACGUAAAUAUUUGAUGGAGCUGUUCAAUGACGAGAAGAGGAGCUACUUUGAAUAUGCAAAACAAAUGACCGUUGAAGGAGAGGAAGCUGAUCUGUCCAGUGAAGCCACUGUCACUAAGAUUAACUCCUUUCUCGAAGAUGCUCUUCGAUCUUCAUGUGAAGGAAUCAUGGUCAAAUCCUUGGACGAUGAUGCUGGAUAUUCUCCAUCAAAGCGUUCUGAUUCAUGGUUAAAGGUAAAACGGGACUAUGUGGAAGGACUGAGCGACUCUCUUGAUUUAGUUCCCAUCGGUGCUUGGCAUGGUAUAGUCCAUUUCUUAUGGCAUGUUAUAACCCGGAGGCGGAAGAGUAUCAAAGUGUAUGUCGAGUCAUGUCAGGGUUUUCUGAUUCAUUCUACAUUGAGAUGAAGGAGUUCUUUUCGGGGGACAGGAUUUUGUCCAGGAAGCCACCUUACUAUAAAACGGGUGAGGUGCCCGACGUGUGGUUCUCUUCGGAAGUUGUCUGGGAAAUAAGGGGUGCAGAUUUCACAGUAUCGCCAGUCCACCAAGCUGCAAUAGGUUUAGUCCAUCCUUCACGAGGAAUCUCUGUGAGGUUCCCGCGGUUCAUCCGCCGCGUCUCCGACAGGAACCCCGAUGAGUGUAGCACAGCUGCAGAUGUUGCAGAGAUGUUCCAGUCUCAAAGUCGGAAAAUGGAUGUGACUGGUGGCCGGGAGUGAGUGGGCUUUCAUGCUCGUGUACAGGUUCGGAGCUAGUAGAUAGGUUUGUAGGGUUGGGCCCAUUUUUGGCAGUUAUACAUACUGUAUCACGUAGGAAGUGUCCUUGUUUCUGGCCAUCUCACUUAAAGUUAAGAGCCUUUGAAAGUGUGAAGAUGUGAAAACAGAACCCGACAAAUUGCCAGUGUUGCUUGCUUGCAAUUUCUUAAAGAUGUUGCAAGCGAAAUGGUAUUGGAAUUGCAUAAACAUAGUUAUCUUUGUGAAGUUCUCUUCAACAUCUUAUCAAACGCAAUAAAUGUACGGUAUGUUGGACGCGA